AUGGUUCGAGUUCUUCGGUGCGCUGCAGCACUAUUGGCGCUAUUCACUAACAUUGCUGCAACGACAGGACCUAUCGUUGAGAUCAAACCCAAGAAUAUCAAAUAUCAAGGAGUGCUCAAGGACUCCGUCGAAGAAUUUCACAGCAUCAAAUUUGCUCACGACACCUCUGGACCACGGCGAUUUGCGCCUCCAGAGCCGUAUACACCCCCUGAUGGCAGCAAAAUUGAUGCUACAACCCCUGGUCCAGCAUGUCCCCAGAUCAGAGACCCCAUUCCGCCGUUCUUUGGCGCUGCACCAGAUCAAAGCGAAGAUUGCCUCCACCUUCGCAUAUCAAGGCCAGCUGGAACUACCGCAAUUGACAGAUUGCCUGUCGUUGUUCAUAUUGUCGGUGGUGGUGUUAUAAAGGGACAUACGCAAGAACCACUUUUUGACCCCGUCAACUUAAUUACACAUUCGUCAAGCAUCAAGAAACCUAUCAUACACGUCGUUCUCAACUACCGUGUCACAAUCUUUGGCUUUGCGCGUCUGCCGAUUCUCAAAGACCAAAGAUCACUGAACGUGGGGAUGCGAGAUCAACGAGCUGGAUAUCAAUGGGUGAAGGACAACAUUUCGUCUUUUGGCGGUGAUCCGGACAGGAUCACCUCCUUUGGUCUGAGUUCCGGUGGCACCUUUUCAUCUCUCCACCUCGUGACAUACGGUGGCGAGCAAGGCGUUCCUUUCACUCGGGCCUGGGCUAUGUCCGGCCCUCCAGGGACGGCCUUGAACAUGACGUCUGAUGCUACUGAAAUACAUACUCGUGCUGUAGCUGAGGCAUUGGGAUGUGCAUACAAAGAAGACCAGGACAUCCUUGAUUGUUUAAGGGAGAUACCGAUGAAUAAGCUGACGGAAAUCGCCAUGGCGUAUUCUAUCAACAACCAUCCACCAGCCGGGCUCUUCACAUUCAUACCCUCAAUUGAUGGCGACUUUCUACCUGAUCGACAGUCGACACUGUACAAGGCUGGAAGAUUUGUCAAAGGUGUUCCUAUGGUCUUUGGUUGGGCCCAUGAUGACGGCGCCACCAAUGCCGGGAUAGCUACGACGUAUGAGAUCGAGGCUGAUAUCAAAGCAGUGAUCAAGAAUUUCGCUCACGCCCUUACCGAGGAGGACUAUAAAUCGCUAUUCUCUCUUUACGCAGUUUCAGACUUCGAAACAGAAGUAUCAAACUACGAUGCUCGAAGAGGCGAAUCUGAUCCGAAGGUGUCUAUCCAUUAUUUCCGAGCGGCUCGUAUUAUGCGAGACCUACUAUUCACAUGCUCAUCCCUGGAUUUUGGGUCUGUAAUCACGAAACAUUCUAAAGCUUUAGAUCAAUCAUUUCCUGGUGUUCAUUUGUACAACCUUAAUCAAAGCAUGGUGACACCGCUUUUUCAGGCCGCGGGGAUGCCUUGGCUCGGCGUCAUUCAUGGCAGUGACGUUGACUAUAUUUACAACAACAUGUUCACAAGAGACAAGAUGUCGGAGCAAGAUCUUCAGCUCUCGAACCAAAUCCUCGCAUAUUUUAUUAACUUCGCUUACACAGGCGACCCAAAUCAUAACGGCUCUUCCGCAUGGCCUGAGGCCUUCCCCACAAAGAAUGAUUUGGAAGUCACAGAUAUUGAGCUGUCCAAUCCAUUAGAAACCAACGUCCAGCUUAUCGGUGGACCUUGGGGCACUGGAAGUUGUCACCUGACAAAAGAUGCAAAAGUAGUUGGAAAGGUCGAGGACAUGCAAAGGAUGAUCGACAGUACACAGUUUGGAGAAAUGAACACCGGAAGUCGUCAGCAGGGCCAGCAGGAAUUUGAGCGCGAGAAACUGGUAGAAAGAUGCGCGUUCAUCAAUAGUCUGGCCGGAAGACUUGGUAAUUAG